AUGGCUGACUACUAUCCUUCGCUGACUCAAUGCGCCCUUGUGGCUGCUGCGUUCAAGAUCCUCUUGUUCCCAGCGUACAAAUCUACCGACUUUGAAGUUCAUCGCAACUGGCUUGCGAUCACUCAUUCUCUCCCGGUCAAGGAAUGGUACUAUGAGAAAACAUCAGAAUGGACCCUGGAUUAUCCUCCGUUCUUUGCUGGGCUAGAAUGGUGUCUAUCCCAGAUUGCUGCAUUUAUGGACCCGGAUAUGCUCAAGGUGCAGAACCAAAACUAUGACUCCUGGCAAACGGUGUACUUCCAGCGGGGCUCAGUUAUUAUUCUUGAGUUGAUGCUUGUUUAUGCCUUGAAUAGGUGA